AUGACAUCAACUUAUCGUCCAAAUGAAUCGAAACGUGAAGAAUUUCGUCGUUAUCUCGAAAAAGGCGGUGUUGUCGAUUCUAUUACACGAGCAUUAGUUGCUUUAUAUGAAGAAGCUGAAAAACCAAAUAAUGCUGCAGAAUUUGUUCGUCGUUUUAUGGGUGGAACAGGACCUGAUACAGCUGAAAUUGAAACAUUAAAAAAUGAAUUAAUGGCUGCACGCGAAAAACAUGAAGAAUUAACACGAGAAAAUGAAGCAUUAAAAGAGAAAUUACAAAAAUAUGAAAGUGGACAAUAA